CACCACUGAGGUCGUGUUCAAACAUUGCCACUGGGAGUAGUCAAAAACAUCAGGUCAGUAUCAUAAGAGCUGAGGAAAAAUUCAAUUUGGAAAUAAUAAUUGGGACGUCUGUGGACGCUUCUGGGCACAGAAGAGGAAUGGCUGCAGAUGUCCAGAUGGCUACGCUGGAGAACGAGGCGACGGGGGACAGUGACCUGCCACUGAGUGACGAAGUAGAGGAACUGAGCAAAAGUUUAAGGGAAGCGGUCCAGGACGAGAACGUUCAGCCCAAACUCCAGUGCCUGAUGAUGGACCCCGCCUUCUCCAUGGUAACGGUCCAGAGUGAGGACAGCAACAUCAGCUGGGAGACCUCGUUUAAUCCCGCAGCCUCCUCUGCUGCUUGGAUGCAGCCGGCGGACAGAUACGGUAGCGCCAGACACGCCGGCAACAUCAUCUUCAUCAUGGACGAUGUUCACACCGUUAGGAAGAAGAGGACGAAGCGAAAGGCGAAAGAAAAAGCAGCACAGCCUCCUCCACCACCAGAGUUGUCUCCAGAGGAGAUGGAUGAGAGCGUCAACAGGCCCGCCAUGGUGGAGGUGGCCACUCCUAACGUCAAAGAUGAACAGCACACACAACAGGGAGUAGCAAAUGAAACAGAUUCAUCAGAACAGAAAGAGCGGCGCUUGUUUCGUCUUAUUUCUGAAAGUACAGAAAUACUGAACAUUGUGGUGCCACCCAAAGUUGUCACUGUGGAUGAGGAGGAGAGCAAAACACUGGAAGACCAUCUUGCCUACAUGGAAGAUACACCAAUUCUUCAUCCGUCAGACGUUGAACAAUGUCCUGAUGAUCUGUACACUUCCGAGCCAGCAACAGAACCAGGUGCUGCCACACAUAAGAGCCAAAAAGGGGAACCGCAAGAAGACGUCCCACCUGUGUCACCUUUCCAGCCACCUCCUACCAACGGCCCAACUCAGGACUACUGCAAUGUAUUCACGUAUGACAGACAGUCUACCGAGGCUGCUGAUAAGAAAGAGGAAGAGGAAGAUGAAGGGGCUAAACCAGAUGAGGAGGUCUCUCAGGAUGCUGCUGAACAAGCGGCUCCUGAGCAGAGCGUAAAAGAGGCCGAGGAGGAGACAGCCAACGAUGAUCCAGACUACCCUGUACUCUCUGGAGAAUUCUGUAGCGAUCUCCUAGACGACGUGUUCUACGGUGGCACGGAGGAAGGCGAGCAUCCUGAACCGGAGAUGGAAAUGCAAAAGGUUAGGACCGAAUCCACCAGGUCUUCAUCACGAAAGGCAAGCGGCAGUGUCCUAUUUGAGGAAGAAGACGACGUGCUGACACCUAUCUACCUUCCUGAGGGCCCACCGAAGAUCAUCGACCAGAUUCUGCUGGAGGAGCCCAAAGCCAUGGCGUUCCUCUACACAGACCUCUACGAAGAGGCCGUGGGAACCAGGACAAAGGACGACGACGCGCUCAGCCAGACCUCGGAGAAGUCCUUCCACAGCCAACAGUCAGACCGGGAGGACAAGGGAUACCUCGAAAAGUUUUUGCUCACCGUUGACGGCCCUCCAAUGCCUCAGGCUGAGGAGAAAUCUGACUCUGAGGCCAUCCCGAUCCCCAGUAGCGCUCCCAUGAAGGAGGACGGGAGGCUGUGGCCUGAAGAUGUGGUGGAGCUGGCGGAGCUCGGCCCACCACCUGAGGAGGAGGAGGAGGAGCACGCUACGGCUCACGCAGAAGAAGAGGAAGUGACAGACUUCUUCCGGGACAGCAACACAUCCUCCCCCUUUGAGAUGGUGGAGAAGGCAGAUGUAGAAGAACUAGAAGAGAGCAGCACGGUGGAAAACAACAGGGUGCGACAAGUCACAUUUAAAGAAGUUACGGCGGAAUCUGAACAGGCAGAAGAGGAAGCAUCAACACACGAUGAUGUCGAACAACAUCUCGAUGCAACUGUACUAGCAGAGCUUGAGGAACUCCAUGGUAAAGAAAAACCUGUUUCAGAUGAUAAAGUGCUUAGUAGUGGUAAUAAGGGAAUGGUAGGUCAGCAGAAUACAGCUGAAACACCAGUAGCAUCAUCUACUGAACCUAAAUCCACCGACAAUAAGCCUAUACGACCCUUUCUGGAACUAAGCACACUGGAACCUGUUGGGGCUGCAGAGGGCAUGAUGGCAGAGAGUAUGGUCGUCAUAGAGAAAGGGGAAGAGGAGGAAAAAGAGGAGGAGAAGGAAGGGGAGGAGGUGAAGGAAGGGGAGGAGAAGAAAGGGGAGGAGAAGAAAGAGGAGAAGAAAGGGGAGGAGGAGGUGAAGGAAGGGGAGGGGGUGAGGAAAGGGGAAGAGGAGGUGAAGACUGGAGACUUGCAGACAGAAAGCUGCAAAGAGGAAGGCAUUCUGCCAGUGGCUGAGGGGGAUGAGGAUGUGGUCCUACCCCCAGACAAUGUCACUGAUGUAGCCCCAGCCAAUGUGGCAGCAGACAUUGUCCAGGAUGUGCCUUCAGACAGUGUCCCUGUUCUACCCACAGCCAAUGAUGUACCCGACAAUCCCUCAGACAUUGUCCCCAAUGCAUCCCCUGACAAUGCCCCAGCAGUAUCACCUGAGAAUUGAAUGGUCUCUCUGUCUUGUAUCACUUUACUUAUUAAUUGCCUGCCACAUACGAUCUUGGGGGAGAUCGCCUUUUUUUAAAGAAAAAAAUAAGCAAUAGAAAUAUCAGAUUAGAUGAGGGUGUACCCCAAGACAAUGUCCCUGAUGCACCCCCUGACAGUGUUGCCGAUGUGGCCCCAGACCUUGUUGCCGAUGUGGCCCCAGACCUUGUUACCGAAGUGCCUUCAGGCAGUGUGCACCUCUCGUCAGCCUCACUGAUUUACCCCCAGACAGAAUCAUCGAUGUACCCUCAGCCAGGGUGCGAUUUGUAGGGUUUGGAUGGGGAGGAUUGUCCCCCCCUCUGGUUUUGAUACCUCCACUUUUCUUACAGGAUUUUAAUAUUUGCAGUAUUUAACUCCAUUGAUAAUGCUUAAAAUCUGAAACUUAUCCCCCCUUCUGGGUCUUCAACAAAUCGCACCCUGCCCUCAGCUAAUGUCACCGAUAACCCCUCAGACAUUGCCCCUAAUCAUUUUACUUCUUAUUUCAAUUAUUUUAGAUCCCAGUUUUGUUUCAUUCAAUAUACAGUAUACAUUCACAAUGCAUUGCUCUGCUUCUUUACAAGGCUCCAGACACAGGCCUACUGCUACUGUACAUAAAGUAUGCGUUAACACAUGUAGGCCUACUGGUGUACAUAUGUUAUGGUAUCCGUUAACACAGGCACGCGCACACACACACAGACACACACACGUCUCAUAUGUCUAUAUGUCUAGUAACAGGAGUAAGGAAAUGGGAGAGAGACAUGUCGAAUGCCAGAGGUGGAUUCCUAGUAGAGUGGAUUCCUGUAGUCUGCGAGUAUGGAGCUUGGUACUGAGAGGGACUUAUUGUGGGGGAAUAGGCCUACAAUAAGCAAAAUUACAAAAGUGCAAUAAUGGUGUCUUACAGUAACAUAGCCCUUGCAAUGCUGUUUGUCAAAGGUAAACCCUCUACAAUCUGUCCAUGACUGUAAUUUUAAAUCCAGACAAAACACUCCCCACGGCCACCAGGGGUCUCCAGCGCCCAGAUACCAUCUUCAAUAUUCAAACUGUACAGUAUACACACAUGCGGUAUUCAUUAAUUCAAACCUAGAUGUCUAUCAAGCAAUAAUAUGUUUGCAUAUUACAUUCCCUGGCAAUUAUGAAGUAAAUGACAUUCUGUAUUAUAGAUAUAUAUUUGUUCCUUUUCCCUCUGUUUAAGAUGUGGGAUUAUAGGCCUAUAUCUACUUCAUACAUCAAGAUAUCCACAUCUU